CUUUCUGAGACAAUGAGCGAAACGACUUCGAUUUGGAGCGAAGCGACUGGGGCGAAAAGGUCAGGGAGCGAAACAAUCGUAAUCUAAUGCCCGGAUGUUGACCUCUCGAGAGCGGCGGUGUCGACAUGGCGCACGGUGUAUCAAUCCUCGUAUUCUUUGCAUUGACCGUUGUUGGUCAGGCACUGACACCAUCAUCCUACUUUACGACUGUUGACCAGAAGAGACUGCGAUCGAUCUUUGAAGCAGCGCAGCCGUACACAGAACUAGCUAGUGCGCAUUAUUCCAUUCUUGGGCUGACGUUGUUAGGAAGUCCCAUUCCAAAACCAGAGGAUGCCUGUUCCUUCAUUAAGUCCAAGAUGGACACCAAGAGUGUGGAGAUGAUGUUCCAUGCAUCAUCUGCAAGCAAAAUGCUGCCUAACUGCAAGAUAGCUGGUGACGGAGCCAAGCAGAUGUUGACGGACGCCAUCAAAGAAGAUGCAGCUGUUGUCACUAUUUACUUUGCCUUUUUUGCCCUGAAAAAUCUUGGUCUUGCUGCCGAUUCGCAGGCUGUCCACAAAGCCCUACAGGGGGCGUUGAAGAAAGACGAUGGGCCACUUAGUUAUGGUUAUGCAUUCCACAUAGCAUCGGAGUUAUCAGGUGUCGACACAAAGAAAUAUUUUGACGCCAUUGAGGAUAUAGUCGCCCAAUCGGACGAAGUAGACGAGAAGUUUUUACAGUUUGAAGGAGGCCUGUUCACAACGUCGGUCACAGUAAAUGGUGCUUACAAACUGGCAGAAAAAUCUAAAAAGGCUCCUGUUAUAGCAGCGGAUAAAGUGAUCAAGUUCACCAACUAUUUCUUGAGUCGGAAACAUGUUCAUCAGUUGCGUGCUGCCUCCAACCUGUUAGCUGUUACCAAGACACUCUCGGACAACAAGUUCCACAUUCCAGUAGCAGUGACCCUGGCCAGCCAAGUGUCCAUCUCAACCAAGGCCCCCAAAGUUCAGGUGCGAGUGACCAAUCUCCUCGGUAGUAGCCUUGGCAAGUUGACGGUGACGGCUGAUUCAGCCCGCCACAGUGGCACUGAUGCUGUUGUCCUCAACAAGAAGCAGUUCACAGCUUCGUCCUCAGAUAACACCCUGUAUGAGUUGAACUUCAUGGACACUAAGGCGAGUAGAGGCUUCUACAAGAUGACCAUCAGUGCGACACCGGCCAAGGCGGACAGUCGACUGAUUGGCACAGCAGGCGCGGAGGUGCUCGUGAAGGUAACCACCCAGGUGAUGAUCGAGAAUGUCGAGAUUGGCGUGGCCGACAAGGAUCAGAGCUCUGCUGCAAAGACAACCAAACUGCAGCACCCAAACAAGGCAGCAAACAUCCUGGAGGCUGACCACCAUCAGAAGGUCAUCGCCAAGUUCCAGCUGAAGGAUAAAACCAGUGGCGCCCUCAUGACGGCUCACCAGACAUUCGUCCGCCUGACCAAUCAGAAGACAAAGCAAGAAGUCAUCUUCACGGCGUCGGCGGACUCGGUCAAGAACUACAAGUUUAACUUGGACAUCGGGGCGAGUGGUAACACGUUUGGGUGGUUGUCUGGUCGAUACACCGUGGAGUUGAUAGUAGGCGAUGCAGUCAUUGAAAACCCAUUCUCGUGGCACGUGGCUGAUAUUUCCCUGACAUUCCCAGAGGGGGCAGCACCAGUCAAACCAAAUGACAAGAUGUACGCAAUGAGACCUGAGAUUGAGCAUAUGUUCCGUCCACCUGAGAAGACUCCUCCCACGGUCGUCUCCAACGCUUUCACAGUCCUUGUACUCUUGCCAAUCCUUAUUCUCUUAUUCUUGUGGAUGAAGAUCGGCGUGAACAUCUCCAACUUCCCCCUCUCAGUCAGUGCUGUUGGAUUCCAUGUGUGUCUUGGAGGUAUCUUCACCCUGUAUUAUGGCUACUGGACAUGUCUUGACAUGUUUACAACGCUCCGCUACUUGGGCAUCAUCGGAAUUCCAACGUUCAUCUUUGGGAACCGCCUCCUGCAUAACAUUGCAUCAGCUCGGAAGUCACAAAAAUAAAUGACCAUCUAUGCAACAUACACAUUACCAUGGUUACGACCCUAUGAAGAUACAGAAACGUCAUUACCCAAGAUGUCCGUCUGCUAUCCUUACAAACCCUCAGAGGUUGCUAUGACACUGAAUUCAUUCCUUAACUUACUGGGCCAUUUGCAGAAAUUCUUGGAGUGAAAAACGAUUUGCUAGCUGUCACAUGUUUUGCUAGCUGUCACAUGUUUUGCUAGUUGUCGUGUGUUUUGCUAGUUGUCACGUGUUGUCUACUUAGUUUGUUGUUUCGUCCAUGACGAGCUAGGAGGAAUGUGGGAGUGUGUUACUGCGGGGUUCAUCUUCCAUUUUCCUCCUUGGAGCUUGUCAUAUUUCAUGCUAUAUUUGACCUGGCUCAUUAUUUGUUUAUACAUAUUGAUUAAUUUAUAAUUGCGUAUGCUCAGCACUAUUCCCUAAGGCCGAGUAACCAUAUACUGCUUUGCUGUCAACUUUUGGCAUAUUGGCCUAGUGACAAAAAUCCACAGAAGCCUUGCAGACAGUUCAGCCUACUAGUACUGUCUGGCUCAUCACAAGCUCAUUUUCAAACAUAAAACAAGUUAAAACAGUUUAUGGUUACCCAGCCUUGUAAAGAAAUAAGACAGUAUUGCAAAAGGCAACCACUAUAAUGCUCGACUGAGACAACUACCAUAUUGUUUGACAAAGAAGAUUACAUCAAACCACCACCAUAUAGCGAAUUUGUCUUAAAUAUAAUUGUCACUGGCACCUAGAUAUGUCCUGUCGUCAAGUGGUUAAACUAUUGGCUGCUGUCUAUGUCAAUUUAGCAUGUAAUGUAGCUAUUCAUUAUAACUGAAGAAGACAGAUUCAUUUUAAAGUGUAUAUCGUGUUGAAGCUCUGCUUUUGGUUUCUGAAGAUUACAAAUCAGUUGUAAAUGAAAACUUCCUGAAAUGUUUAGUUUCCAAAUUAUGUGAAGGCAAGAAUGAACAAAGAUGACUCAUUCUUGUUGACAGAGAUUUAUGUAUCGAGAGCUUGAUGUGCUAAUGUUUCACACAGGCGAGUACUUAGCUCACAUUAGCUUUUAUUUGUUUGAAUUGCUGUGUUUGGUCGUCAAGGAAACGGAGUCUUCCGUGGAGUUGUCAGUAUUUUGUGCAAGAUAUGAUUUGCAUUGGUGAGAUGAUGAUUGGUGUCUUGGGCUGGGAAUGAAUAAACCGCUACCUAGCGACCAUUUGGUGAGCCCAAGACCAGAGAAACUGUGAAAUCUUUCCUAUCCCUGGUAUACUGUCAGCCUUGAAUGUUAGUGAGUUGACUCCUUUUCUACAAUAGUCAACUGUAGGAGGAAACCAGUUAACUUGGUUAUCAACUGUGGCAAAGUGAGCAACAAUUGUAGGAUGUAACUAUAUCGAUGUCAUCUCCAGUUUUGUUUGGACAUCUUUUUUACACUCCUCUUCAGAAAAAUGAUACUAAUAUAAUAAAAUAUAAAAAGGUAA